GCGAGGACGGGCUGAGCCGCCCUGCGGUUUGGUGCCCGGAGAGUUGUCAAGGUUUCUGGUUGUGGAGGAUCCGAGAGGGAGCGAGGGCGGAGACGCUUCUACGAUGCCGAACAAAACGAAGAAGGACAAGGAGACCCCUAAAUCUGCUAAAGUGGGCAAGAGUGGAGGACAGGAGAAUUCAGAGCAUGAGCAGAGCUCGAACAGGAAGGCUAGCAAUAGUGUUCCUCCCACCACUCAGCUGCUAAAGGGGAAACAGCCAGGUUCCCAGACACCUGUCAAAAAGGACAAAAGGCAGAGCUCUUCUCGCUUCAGCUUGAGCAACAACAGAGAGCUGCAGAAACUGCCAGCUUUCAAAGACGUUCCACCUGCAGACCAGGAGAAGCUCUUCAUCCAGAAGUUGCGGCAGUGCUGCGUCCUCUUCGAUUUUGUCUCAGACCCACUGAGCGACUUGAAAUGGAAGGAGGUGAAACGUGCAGCGCUGAGCGAGAUGGUGGAGUUCAUCACCCACAACAGGAAUGUAAUCACCGAACCCAUCUACCCAGAGGUGGUUCAUGUGUUUGCUGUGAACAUGUUUAGAACGUUGCCACCGUCAUCCAACCCCACAGGAGCUGAGUUUGACCCAGAGGAAGAUGAGCCUACGUUAGAGGCUGCAUGGCCACAUCUACAGCUCGUCUAUGAAUUCAUCCUACGCUUCUUAGAGUCACCUGACUUUCAACCAAACAUAGCCAAAAAGUAUAUUGACCAGAAGUUUGUAAUGCAGCUCUUAGAACUGUUUGACAGUGAAGACCCCAGGGAAAGAGAUUUUUUAAAGACCACUCUACAUCGCAUCUAUGGCAAGUUCCUGGGCCUGCGAGCGUACAUAAGGAAACAGAUAAAUAACAUAUUUUAUAGUUUCAUUUAUGAGACUGAACAUCAUAACGGAAUAGCAGAAUUACUGGAAAUAUUAGGCAGCAUAAUCAAUGGAUUUGCAUUACCAUUGAAAGAAGAGCACAAGAUAUUCUUACUGAAAGUUCUGCUGCCUUUACACAAAGUCAAGUCACUUAGUGUAUAUCACCCACAGCUGGCCUACUGUGUAGUACAGUUCCUAGAAAAGGACAGCACCCUCACAGAACCGACAGUGAUGGCUUUGUUGAAGUACUGGCCAAAGACCCACAGUCCAAAAGAGGUCAUGUUCCUCAACGAGCUGGAGGAGAUCCUGGACGUCAUCGAACCAUCAGAGUUUGUUAAAGUCAUGGAGCCCCUCUUCAGACAGCUGGCCAAGUGUGUUUCCAGCCCACACUUUCAGGUAGCGGAGCGAGCUCUGUACUACUGGAACAACGAGUACAUUAUGAGCCUGAUCAGUGACAAUGCCGCCAAGAUCCUGCCAAUCAUGUUCCCGGCCCUUUACCGCAACUCCAAGACCCACUGGAACAAGACCAUCCAUGGGUUGAUCUACAACGCUCUGAAACUCUUCAUGGAGAUGAACCAGAAGCUGUUUGAUGACUGCACCCAACAGUUCAGGGCAGAGAAAAGCAAAGAGAAAGCUAAGUGGAAGGAGAGAGAAGAAGCGUGGCUGAAGAUUGAGAAUCUCGCAAAGUCGAACCCACAGUUUCUGACGUACGUUGACUCGGUAGGCUCAGGCAGUCCAAUGGACAUGGAGACAGACGGGCCACUGCUAGACGAUGUCAAUAUGCUAAAGAAAGCAGUCGUGGAGGAAGCGACACAGGCAGAAGUUAAAUGUGUGUGAAGUAUUCUGGAGAGAAAGCUUCUAAAACCACUCUGUCUCCACGUGUCCAGAUCCAAAAAGACCAGAGGAGAGAGCGCCCUUUGAUGCGAAGGAAAUCAGAGCUCCCCAGGGACAUCUCCACGCUCACAGCCUUGGAGCUGCACCGGAGAGCCGAGGAAGUGUUGACGACGCAUGAUGGCCACUAAGAGACCACCCCGGUAUCCACCAUAAGCCAGCAGCAGCUGAAGCAUCCACAGAAGAACCACAGGCCCACGGAGGCCCGCACAAUGACAAGACGUCUGGUAUCUCAGUCCAGCCCAGCACAACACAGAGCUGAAACAGUCCCUCCUCCACCCGACACAGAAAAUGUGUAAAGCCGCACAUCGAAGCCUGAUUCAGCUUUUGGAAAGCGGCUCUCUGUCCUUACUGAUCCUCACCCCACCCCCACCUGAUUGUUGUCCAGCUGAGACGUUGCGGUGCUGGACGCUCCCGCACGACCAAGACACGCACCGUGAACUUCACCCCCAAGACACUGUGUCAUUCUCUCCUCUCCUUCUGUCGUUCUCUCUCUUUUCUUGUCCUCUCAACCUGUUGUGUUUUCGGGGGUGCUGUGCUGCCCCCUUCUGGUCAUUUCUCUCAGGUGUUUUGUUCUCUGUAUGUGUGUGAGCUGUCUUCUCUUCUUGCCUCUUCUUUAUAGAUGUCAGGUGCUUGUACAAAUAAAACAAGGCCCUCCGCAGAGGACUCCUUGGUUUACUUUAAAAGAAAAAAACAGCAUCAUCUGAUGAGAAAAUGACAGUUGUUUCUAUAAACUAAAUAUUAGCUAUUUCUCGCAACAUUUAAACUAGAACGCAGUUUACAUAUUAUGUAUUUUUUUUCCCAGUAUAGUUUACUAGGAGCUUGUCUUAGAUUAAAACACACCUCCCAUCUGUACAGCUCUGCAGUUUGACAUUUUUCUAUUUUUUUCUCAGUUCAUUUUCCAUUCGCUGUGAGGAUUCAUUGAUUGGUCUUAAUCAGGAAUGGCGGUGGAGCGUGUGCAAAUUAAAAGUGUUGCAGCACAGUUGUGUUCAUCGAGCCAUGCGGGCGUGACAGAGGUCCAGGUUUUUUUCACCUUUCACAUAAAUGUUCCAGCGCAGAAGCGUCAUUGUCGAUGCUAACGUCUCUCAAUAGUUCAGUUCCUGUAUUUAAAAAAAAAAAAGAAAAAGAUCCUUUUAAUUGUGUAGGCAAUAAGUUAACAUGGGCUGUGGGGUGUGUCUGGCUCAGGCCUGCUGCAACAGUUACAUGAGAGGGGGAUUGUGGGAUUUAUUUUGGGCUCCUCGUUCAGCUGUUGUAGGAGCAUGUGUAACACGGCCAUGAGCAUUCAGUACAAGUCACUCAGUCAUUCAUGUGAGGCUUAGGAGAGGUCAGAGACGGAGUUGCCCAUCUGGGAUUUACACAAAGUCGCUGUGUGUCGAGAGAUGUCGGGCAGACAAUGUGCUGAUAGCGAUGUCUUUUUGUACUCUUCUCAAGCAAGACCCUUUUAUUUAUAAAACACUUGUUAGAGAUUAGACCGCGUCAUGGGUGAGGUGUGUUUGGUUUGAAGAGGUCAAACAUGAGCCUUUCUUUUCACAGUGCCUUUUAUAGUCUAAGGGGAUAUUUGCUCAACUGAGAAUCGAGUAGUAGCAUUGACGAAAUGCCAGAUCAUUAAAAUAGUGUGACAUUAAAAAAAAAAAGGACGCAUCUUUAAAUCGGCACUCUGCACACCUCGGGGCCCUUGGACUCCAGCACAUGCCUUGUUGAAGCUGCAAAGUCCGUUUUGUAGUCAAACGCUCGAGAGGAGAAGCAGAGUGGUCGCCCCAAACCACUUCAGCAAUGAAGCACUUCCUGAUAAAACUUGAAAAGAAAAUAGAAACACAACUGAAAAAAACAAACUCCUAAAGAACUGAAUUCUGUGAUGCUGUCUGUCUGGUGUGUGAGGGGUCACCUCCCCUGGGUGCCUGUUGAUAAGAACAAGCCUCCACAGGAGAAGAAAUCACCUCCCAUCCUAACGCUGUCCCAUUCCACUUUUGAUUUGCACCAUUGUUGGACCCCCCCGCCCCCUUCCUCCCCCCUCCCUGUUAAAAGCCGAGUACUACCCUGUAGGGUAUCUGGUUGUUCUGCUUCUGGAUGCUUUCAAGUUCUUGUUUUUGCUGUGGGUUGUAUUCCUCCUUCGCCUGCAGAACCUCUGUCAGUGUUUCAACUGAAUGUGCAAAUUGUAAAUAUUACUGCAGUCACGUUGUUCUAUUCUCUCCAUGUUUGUCUUGAAGAGCAACAUUCACCAUUUUACAAAAAAAAAAAAGUUCCCUGGGUUUUACAGUGGAUCUGCUGAAAGGAAAGUGAUUUCCUCCCUGUAGAAAACUGCAUCAUCUGAUUGUUGGUCGUCAGUAAAGUGUUAAGGCCAGUUUAUACUUCAGCCUUGGAUCAACGCCUCCGCAGAAAUAUAACUACAAGUCGUAACGAAGCAGAUGGCAACAACUUGUGAUUGGUUCACUCUAGAGCACGUCUCGUCCACGUCUCUCAGUGGCCAAACUCAACUCCCACUUCUUCUGCCUCAGUCAGUUCAUCGAUCAUACAAAUCCAAAAAAUGCGGACAGAAACUGAGCAAAUGAUAUAGCAAAAAUAUUCAGGAUACGGGUGCUGCCAUCUUGUGCUUUAAAGGUAUAGUGUGUAGAAUUUAAAACAACAUGGCAGCCUCUGUUGAGAGGACCCCCUCGAUAUAAAUAUAAAGUAUUUAAAUAUAAAGGAACCAUUUCUAGGGUAAAGAAAACAACAAUUCAUACAAUUUAGAUGAAACACACUCGUGGAAACAUCAUGAGAAUUAUUUUAUAUUCAAUUUGUGCCAAUAGAUCCCUUUCACCUAAAUCUUACACACUGAACCUUUAAAUCCAUUUGGAACCAGUGUCUGUGCAGUAGUGACUGUAGUAUGGAGCCAUGGUAUCUAGGUCCCACUGUUACUUUCGACCAAUUGCGAGUCAGUCUCAUAUCUCAUUCAAGUAGUUUUUGCCAUUUUAUAUACAUCAGAUUAGUAAAUAAAAACAAACUUAACAGAAUUAGGAACUUGGACUAACAGUGUGAUACAGACUUCCUAAAAUGACAGAAACCAUAAUUGUUAGGUACUUUUUAGCUUGGUCCAGGUCAAAUCCAUCAACAUGGAGGAGGCACGACUUAUGACAUAUAUACUGCAGCCAGCCACCAGGGGGCGAUCAAGAUGAUUGGGCUUCACUUUUGGGGAGCUGUCAUGUCAUCCAUCUUUUAUACAGCGUGUAGUAAACACAGGAACCUCACGUUCAGUGUCCACCACUUAUGAAGACUUGGCGUCGAUAAUCAUCUGAAGUUCAAACCGGCUUCAGCGUCUCAUUGGUGACUGUUGUUCUUCUUGAAAUGGCUUUAAUAUUGGCUUCUUUGGAGCUUUCUUCAUGUUUGUUUCUUUGUUUUCUUUUUCUUGGAAAAGAAUGAAUAUUGCAAGUGUCCUUUAGUAUAUAUCUCAUACUAAAUGGCUUCAUUUAAUAUUGUACAUAUAAUGUACUUUUAUUUUAUUUUAUGUUAUAACUAUUAUUAAAUGGUAGAUUUCAUAUUUUGUACAAAAUGUCACGUGUACAGAAUACAGAGGUUGUUAGCAACUGCAGACGGUUGGUAUGUGGCACAGACUUCAACACAUGUGACUAUUUACAUUUAGAAAACCAUAUAGAAUUUGGAUAGUUUUUUAUCUACUGUAAUCCAACAUAUUUUCCGUUUUUGUUUUCCACCUUCAGACAUGUGUUGAGAUCCUACAUACAUGAGCUUUUUGUGUGUGCUUUUAUCCAAAUCUCCAGUGGUGUACAUCUAUCUAUAUACAGCAAAUAAAGAGAACAUGUGAGUUUUAUAUUUUCAUCCUAAAAAAAACGAAAA